AUGGCGACUGGGAAGAUGUGCAUGAGAAAAAACAAGGAGGCUGCAGCUGAGUGGGCAGGGUUGUUUAUGAGCGACUUAAAAACCCAGCAGGAGUCCCUAGUCUUCGUCAAGAGGAUGAUGGCUGUGGCUGUCUCCUCCAUCACCUACCUCAGAGGGAUUUUCCCGGAGGACGCCUACAGAUCCAGAUAUCUAGAAGAUUUGUGCAUCAAAGUUUUGCGUGAGGAUUGCAACACCCCUGGUGCCAGCAAAGUUGUGAAAUGGAUGAUGGGCUGCUUUGACGCAUUGCAGAAGCAGUAUCUCCAGAUUGUGUUUAUUGGGGUGUACACCAAUCCAGAAGAGCCUAAUUGCAUUAUUGAGUCCUACCAGUUCAAAUUCAAAUACACUGAGAAGGGGCCAGAGAUGGAUGUACUCAGGAGUGAUGGUGCAGAAAUGCAGGUCACAUUGGAGGACACAAAGAGAGCUUCUGUGCUGCUCAUCAGGAAGCUCUUCCUGCUUAUGCAGAACUUGGAUGUCCUUCCCAACAACGUCUACCUCACCAUGAAGCUCUACUAUUACGAUGAUGUCACCCCUGCUGACUACGAGCCACCAGGCUUCAAGGAAGGAGAAUGUGACAGUCUAUGGUUUGAGGGCACGGCCGUGAACUUCAAGGUGGGUGAGGUCCAGACUGCCUUCCACACCCUGCGGGUACGCGUGUCGGCCGAGCAAGGCCGUCUGGAGAAGCUUCAGGAGGGUAACCACUUGAGGGAGACCAAGCAGGUUUGUCAGAGAAUUCCUCCAGAGAGAGAAAUGAUGAAGGUGGAAGACGAUUUACCUUCUGAAGAUGAGUCGGCACAGUUCAAGAAACCCACAAGACCUUUGGCAAAGGUACAGUUAUGCUCAAGGCAGAGUACACACACUUUGAAUAAAUCAUAAGAGAUUAGAGAUUUGUAACAUGAGUUGUAACUGGGUGUCAUGCAAACUGCA